AUGAUAGUCAAGAUAUAUUUACUGUGUUUUGAUAUUCGCACCCGUUCUUGGACUUGUUGCUUGUGCCAGUCACGCAAUAACUUUCCCCCUCAAUAUGCCGGGAUGACUGAACAACGGCUUCCAGCAGAACUCAUGGCACCGUAUACAACAUUAGAAUAUACAAUCACGAAAGCACCGGUUGUGCCUCCGAUCUUCGUCUUCGUAGUUGACACUUGUAUAGAGGAGCCGGAAUUCACCCAACUCAAAGAAUCCCUGCAAAUGUCACUCAGUUUUCUUCCACCGAAUGCACUUGUCGGUCUAAUCACAUUUGGAAAGAUGGUACAUGUGCAUGAACUUGAGGCCGGUCCAAUCACCAAAUCGUGGGUGUUCAAGGGCACCAAAGAUUACACAGGCAGCCAAAUUCAGCUCAUGCUCGGUGUUGGUCGUAGUGCCACCGGUCCGGGUGCACCGGGACCUGGACAAAAAGGUCCAAUUGGUGUGGAUCAAAAUCAAAUGGCCCAGCUUCCGUUUUCACGUUCAGCAUCGCCUUUGCCUCUUAUCACUGAUUCCCUUAAUCCUAUCAAACCUAACUGCUCCCGGUUGCUUCAUAUCAGUUUCAUUCAACCUAUGGAAAAAUGUGAUGCACUACUCACCGAUUUGCUCACUGAAUUGCAACCGGACCCGUGGCCUGUGCCCCAGGGUAAACGUCCCCUACGCUCGGUCGGCUCAGCCUUAAGUAUCACUGUUGGUCUGUUGGAAGCAGCAUAUCCGAAUACCGGAGCACGAAUCAUGCUGUUCCUCGGUGGUCCAUGCACUCAAGGACCCGGUAUGGUGAUUGACGAGGAUUUCAAAAAUGUCAUCCGAUCUCAUCAUGAUAUCGAGAAGGAUAACUGCAAGUAUAUGCGAAAAGCCAUGAAGCAUUAUGAAGGUCUGGCAAAUCGAGCCGCGCAGAAUUUGCACGUGGUCGACAUUUUCAGUUGUUCUCUGGACCAGACGGGGCUACAUGAGCUGCGCUACUUGUGCAAUUAUACCGGCGGUCACAUGGUCAUGGGCGAUAGUUUCGCAUCCAGUCUAUUCCAACAAACGUAUCGGCGCGUGUUCAACAAAGACUCACAAGGAUCAUUUCUCAUGGGUUUUGCUGGCCAAAUGGAAGUCAAGACUUCUCGUGAAUUGAAAGUUUCCGGAUGUAUCGGACCCUGUUUCUCUGCCAACAUAAAAACAAGUAACACAGGCGAUCAAGAAGUUGGAAUCGGUCGAACUUCGAUCUGGCGCUUGAACGGUUUCACUCCGGCCACCACGUUGGGAAUAUUUUUCGAGGUGGCCACAUCCGGCUCCGGUCCCGCACAACUUCCUCCCGGGGGUCGGGGUUACGUCCAAUUUAUCACACAAUAUCAACGUGCGAACGGACAACGCAAACUACGUGUGACCACAGCUUGUCGCAAUUGGGUCGAUUCGACCACACAAUUGCCUCACAUGAUUUGUGGUUUCGACCAGGAGGCGGCCACCGUCCUGAUCGCCCGAAUGGCCAUGUUCCGCGCAGAAUCCGCGGACAGCAUUGAUGUCCUACGCUGGUUGGAUCGACAAUUGAUUCGACUUUGUCACAAAUUUGGCGAUUAUCGCAAGGACGAUCCCGCCUCGUUCCGUCUCCCGGACGAGUUCUCCUUCUUCCCUCAGUUCAUGUUUCACAUGCGUCGAUCUCAAUUCCUCCAAGUUUUCAACAACAGUCCGGACGAGACAGCGUACUACCGCCACGUGUUGAAUAACGAAGAUUGCUCUAACUCGUUGCUGAUGAUUCAACCAUCGUUGACCGCGUUCAAUUUGGACGGCAGCGAGGAACCGGUACUGCUGGAUACUAGCAGUUUACAACCGGAACGCGUUUUGUUGAUGGACAGUUUCUUCCACAUUCUAAUCUACGAGGGUGACACAAUUGCCAAAUGGAAAAAAGCCGGAUAUUUGGAUAUGCCAGAAUACGCACAUAUCAAACAGAUUUUGGACAAACCGCGGUUAGAAGCAGAGGAACUGUUGAAAGACCGAUUCCCCAUGCCCCGAUACAUUGAAACGGAACACGAGGGUAGCCAAGCUCGAUUUUUGUUGUCCAAGGUCAAUCCGUCGUUAACACACAAUACCAUGUACAGUUUCGGUCAGGAAACGGGUAGCGUGGUCCUCACGGAUGAUGUGUCACUCCAAGGUUUCAUGGAUCAUUUGAAGAAGUUGGCUGUGUCCAGUUCGGCUUGA